AUGGCCUGCCGCUCCUGCGUCGUCGGCUUCGGUAACCUCAACAGCUGUGAGGUGACCCAGGCGAGCGAGCCCUGGCCUGGCACCUCCGGAUGGAGCAAUUACAGGGCCCCCGAGCCGGGCUUCAGCUCCAGCAGCCUCACAGGCUGCCUGACAGCUAGCACCAUCCCCAGGGUGACCGUGAACCCCAGCCUGCUAGUACCUCUGGACCUCAAGGUGGACCCAGCCACCCAGCAGCAGGAGAGCCAGAAGAAGGAGGAAAUGAAGGUCCUCAAUGAUAAGUUUGCCUCCCUGAUCGGCAAGGUGCGAGCCCUGGAGCAUCGCAACCAGCUGCUGGAAACCCGAUGGCGCUUCCUGCAGAGCUGGGACUCGGCAGCCUUUGACCUUGGACACCUCUACGAGGAGCACCAGGGCCGACUGCGGGAGAAACUGCGCGAAGUGAACCAGGAAGGGGGCCAGCUUGAGACCAAACUGCGGCAGGAGCUUGAGACGGUGAAGGCGUUUCAGAUCAGGUAUGAGGACGAGAUCUCCAAGCGCACGGACAUGGAGUUCACCUUUGCGCAGCUGAAGAAGGACCUGGAUGCAGAGUGUCUUCAACGGACAGGACUAGAGAACAAGUUAAAAGGCCUGAAGAGCUUUGUGGUCCUGAUGAAAAGCAUCUACGAGCAGGAGCUGAAGGACCUGGCAGCCCAAGUGAAGGAUGUGUCGGUGACCGUGAGUAUGGACAGCCGCUGCCACGUUGACCUGAGCGGCAUCAUGGAGGAGGUGAUGGCCCAGUAUGACGCCGUCGCGGCUCGCAGCCUGGAAGAGGGCAAGGCGUACUCCCAGAGCCAGGUGGAAGAGCGGGCUGCCUGCUCAGCCGAGGCUGGGAACAGCCUCCAGAGAAGCCGCGGCGAGAUCGCUGACCUCAAAGUGCACAUCCAGAAGCUCCGGUCCCAGAUCCUCUCCACCAAGAGCCACUGCAUGAAACUGGAGGAGAACAUCAAGGCAGCCGAGAGCCAGGGUGAGCUGACCCUCCAGGACGCCAAGGCUAAGCUGGCCCAGCUGGAGGCCGCCCUGCAGCAGGCCAAGCAGGACAUGGCGCGGCAGCUGCGUGAUUACCAGGAGCUGAUGAGCACCAAGCUGGCCCUGGACGUGGAGAUCGCCACCUACCGCAAGCUGGUGGAGGGCGAGGAGAGCCGGAUGGACUUGCCCUCAGCCACUAUGAUCAGAUCCAUGCAGUCCAGCUCUAGAACUGCUGCCUCCAGGCAUGGCCUCUCGAGAGCCCCCUCCUGGAAAAAGAAGACCAGGGGAGACCUUGUGAUCAAAAUCACCGAGACCUCGGAAGAGUUCCUCUCGCAGGAGUCAGAGCUCUCACAGUGAGGCUGCUGUCCGGACCCCAGGAGCCCCACGUCAUUCCCCUGCGGCAGGAGGAAUACAAGCUAGACUCAAGAAAGCAGCUUGGAGCCUCUAGGUCGGGA